AAAAACUAUAAAUAAGGUAUUUUUUUCAUUUAUUACGGUCUAACAAUACCAAAACUAUAAAAUGUCCCGGUAUGUCUAAUGUAAUCCUUAAUAAUUUCAACCUGUAGUUUUUACAUCACGAUAAUAAAAGCGAACCGAAUUGUUUUAGCGCCUCUUCUGUUGUAGAUGGGCGGAGUUACACUAUACGCUAUGUAUUUUAAGUUGUAAGUAGGCGGAGCUCGAUCUUUGCAUCAACCAUUGUUCAGUAGCGUGUGGGCGUGGUCAGACGAGUGCGUCGAGAAUGUCCCGCCCCCGCAUUAGAGCGCAUUGAGAGAAGAGGCGAGCGAGAGUUCAGUGAGCGCCAGUAGAGAUGAGAGGAGAGCGCUGAAAACACCCUGCGUGCUUCACAACGACCGUAUGCUUUUAAGAAGUUUGGAAAUAACCGGAGAUAAGAAGAAAUGUGUUGCUUAUCUUGUUGAACUCCUCCACGAUGCUGUUAUGAUUGCAAAUGCGGCGUUGACUGACGCGAAAUAUCACUUAUUUUUCCGUGACAGUGCACGCGCGCGUAUAUGACGAUCCUGGACUUAAAGCAUCGUUUUGUACGAUGUGAAGACUUUGUUUGAAAAGGAAUAAGAGGGAUAUUCAACUUUCUGGCGUUUUUUAAUUGGAUGACAGUCACUGAAACACUGUUAAUGUAAGCGGUGUCUAUGGAGCUAUACAAUCACUCAUAACUCACCACCUUUACAAAAUUAUCUUCACUUCAGACUGUUUAUACCAGGAAAGUUUUCUCAUUCAAAAAGAGUGACUGAAAAUCCAGCAUGGGACCUUUUAUAAUUUUGCUUUCUCUAUGGUGUCAGCUGGUUAUAGCUGCCUACAGCCUUGAAAUGAGCUCUUAUGACCUGGAGAGAGGGAGACCAGCUAAAUGUGAGCCUAUUACCAUCCCCAUGUGUCUAGGCAUUGGGUACAACCUCACGCGGAUGCCCAACUUUAUGGGCCAUGAUAGUCAGAAGGAGGCUGAGAGAAAACUCAAUGAAUUCUCCUCGCUGGUGGAGUACGGCUGUGAUGUGCACUUGAGAUUUUUCCUCUGCUCCCUUUAUGCCCCCAUGUGUGCGGACCAAGUGUCCACGUCCAUUCAUGCCUGCCGUCCGAUGUGCGAACAGGCACGUAAGAAGUGCUCGCCCAUAAUGGAGAAGUUUAAUUACGCCUGGCCGGAUUCGUUGAACUGUUCGAAGCUGCCCACCAAAAACGACCCCAACGCCCUGUGCAUGGAAGCGCCGGAAAACGAUACCAAAACCGAGACCAAGAAAGGAGAAGGUAUGUUGCCCGUGCCACACAGACCCAGGCAGCAAGGCACUGUGAACGGACGCACUGGGGGCGGCGUAGGAGUUUGUGAGAACCCGGAAAAGUUCCAGUACGUGGAAAAAAGUGAGACGUGUGCCCCACGCUGCUCGUCUGCUGUGGACGUGUUCUGGUCGAGACAGGAUAAGGACUUUGCAUUCAUCUGGAUGGCGGUGUGGUCGACUUUGUGCUUCAUAUCCACAGCUUUCACAGUCCUCACCUUCCUUCUUGACCCUCAUCGCUUUCAGUACCCAGAGCGGCCCAUCAUCUUCCUCUCCAUGUGCUAUAAUGUCUACUCGGUCGCCUUUAUCAUUCGGUCCGUCGCCGGGGCGGAGAACAUUGCGUGUGACCGUGAGAAUGGGGAAUUGUACAUCAUCCAAGAAGGCCUGGAGAGUACAGGUUGUACCAUAGUCUUCCUCAUACUCUAUUAUUUUGGCAUGGCAAGCUCUAUCUGGUGGGUUAUCCUCACCAUCACCUGGUUUCUGGCCGCUGGUAAGAAAUGGGGUCAUGAGGCUAUCGAAUCGCACAGCAGUUACUUCCACAUGGCUGCGUGGGGCAUACCCGCACUGAAGACCAUCGUCAUCCUCACUAUGCGGAAAGUCGCAGGCGAUGAGCUCACCGGACUUUGCUACGUGGGCAGCAUGGAUGUGGGCGCACUAACAGGCUUCGUCCUCGUCCCGCUCUCCUGCUACCUCGUCAUCGGAACGUCUUUCAUCCUGACCGGCUUCGUGGCGCUCUUCCACAUCAGAAAGGUGAUGAAGAUCGAAGGCACCAACACGGAAAAGCUGGAAAAGUUGAUGGUGAAAAUCGGCAUCUACUCUAUCCUCUACACGGUCCCUGCCACCUGCGUCAUCAUAUGCUACUUCUACGAGCGACUCAAUAUGGACUACUGGAAAUUCAGAGGAUUGCAGAGCAAGUGCACCACAUUCCCAGGCCGCAGGAACGAGGACUGCUCCCUGGAGUCUUCGGUACCCACGGUGGCCGUGUUCAUGCUGAAGAUCUUCAUGUCACUGGUGGUGGGCAUCACCAGCGGCGUGUGGGUCUGGAGCUCCAAGACAUUGCAGACUUGGCAGGGACUGUGCAGCAGAAAGUUGACAGACAGGACUUGCAGGAAACAUUGCAGUGGGAGUUGCAGCACCAGUCACUGUCACUACAAAGCGCCUGCCGUCAUACUGCACAUGUCUAAGACUGAUCCCUACUCGGAUAGUCCCACGCAUGUAUGAGCGCAGCUCAUGGAUCUAAUCUAUGAUGUACUGUAUAGAGGCAGAACCCAGGCCUCUCUCUUUCUCUUUGUGUCGGACUUCAAGAAAGGCAGAGUGUGUGCCGUGAACUUAAAACCUAAUGGAUUGAUUAUCAGUACUUGUUAUUUAAUAGGGGUUUGUUUCAUUGCUUGCCAUAGAAAAGCAAAAAUGAGAAAUAUUUACACCUGUUCACACAGUCUAGUCAGUUUUUAUCUACAAAGCCAGUCAUUCUUGCAUGGAGAUAUUUACUUAAAUUGUUACUUCAAACUGCUUAAUUUCUUGUUAAAAUGACUUUUAUUUAUUGUAAAUAUAUAUAUAUAUAUUUAAUAUUUUUCUGUCUUGGUUUCUCACAAGAUGGCAUUCAUGAGUCUUCAGUCUGUUAAAAAGUGCCUUUUUGGAGAA